GUUUGAUUCACAAGACAGAGUCGCUAGGCAUCGGCAAUUUUCAGCAACCCACAGUGCUUUUUCUGGGAGGAACUGAAAUUUGAGAAGCCCCGCCGCCCACACCCACCGUAUUACUCAUAAAAACCCAGGCACCGAGCGCACUUACCCACCCAUCUUCCUGCUCUCAGGCGCAACGAGGCAGUCUAAACCAGGAGAGCUGUCAGCUGCACCCCAUCUCAAGCCUAAAACACUCUUUUGUUGCCAUGGCAGCGUUGGGCAACCGUGGAACGGUGACCGAAGCCGCUGGGUUCAACCCAGAGGAGGACGCGCAGAAACUGAGGAACGCCAUGAAAGGAGCCGGCACUAAUGAGGCUGCCAUCAUCGAGGUCCUGGCACACCGCACCAUUGCCCAGAGGCAGCGCAUCAAGGAGACGUACAAGCAGACUGUGGGGAAGGAGCUGGCUGACGAUCUGAAGUCAGAGCUGACGGGUAACUUUGAGAAGGUGGUGCUCGGCCUGCUGAUGCCGGCCCCUGUGUACGACGCCCAUGAGCUGAGAUAUGCCAUAAAGGGCGCAGGGACAGAUGAGGCCUGUCUCAUUGACAUCCUGGCCUCCAGGACCAACGCUGAGAUCAAGGCCCUCACUGCCUUCUAUAACAAAGAGCAUGAAAGAAACCUGGAGGACGAUAUCUGCGGUGACACUUCCGGAAUGUUCCAGAGGGUCCUGGUUUCUCUGCUGACGGCGGGGCGUGACGAGAGCAGUCAUGUGGACGAGGCCCUGGUGGCACAGGACGCCAAGGACCUGUAUGAGGCUGGAGAGGCCCGCUGGGGCACAGACGAAGUGAAGUUCCUGACCAUCCUGUGCGUGAGGAACAGAGCCCACCUGCUCCGAGUGUUCCAGGAGUACCAGAAGAUUGCAGGCCGGGACAUUGAGGACAGCAUAAAGAGGGAAAUGUCAGGCUGUCUGGAGGACAUCUUCCUGGCCAUAGUGAGGUGCAUGAAGAGCAAAACUGCCUUCUUCGCAGAGCGGUUGUAUAAAUCCAUGAAGGGCCUGGGCACCACCGACAGCAUGCUGAUCAGAAUCAUGGUGUCUCGCGCUGAGAUCGACAUGCUGGACAUCAAAGCAGAUUUCCUCAGGAUGUACAGCAAGACACUCUACUCCUUCAUCAAGGGCGACACCUCGGGAGACUACCGCAAAAUCCUUCUGGAGCUGUGUGGUGGGGAGUAGAGGACCGAGGAGCUGUGACAUCAUCAGCACGCGCCGGCUUUCCCGCUCUCCGAGCUGCCCCGCCCCUUCCUGCUACUGUCUGUGCUCUGCAUUUAUAUGAAGAUGUGGAUUAAUGGUGCUUUUUCACUUUUACUGAUUAAACUUGA